GAAGAUCCACGUGCCCUGCGCCGCACUCGCAGUGACCAAAAUGCGCAUGAAGAGACCGUCGAGACAAAGCCCAGAGCCCAGAGCCGAGUCCCUAAGUGGCGACGCAUUAAAUCCACAGGGUUCCUGCACAGUUCCCCCGGAGUGGAAAGCCUGCUGAUGGCGCAUCUGUUGAGGGACUGCAACUCUGAUCUGCAACUUUGAGCAGCCAGGUCUGGAUUAACGCUCGUGUGUGAUCUAAUGAGCGACGCGGUGAUAGAAAGGGCGAAACUGCGUCCUGCGCCUGGGGACAGAUGCUCAUGCGUUGUUGUCUUCUUUCUUUCUUUCUUUUUUAAUCGGUUAUAUUUGUAAAAUAAAAAGACAUGCGCAGUGAUCAGGCAGUUUUGAGCGUGUGUUUAGUUACCUGUAAGCGCAGGACUGACUGACAGACACUAACGACACCUGCGGACGGAGAGGAUCCGUAUGGUACAAUAUACGCUAGCAUGUCCGCACUUCGGAAAAAAUUUGGCGACGACUACCAGAUAGUAACCACUUCAUCCAGCGGCUCGGGCUUCGGUCAGGCCGCUCCGGAGAGGAAGCGGAAACGCCAGCGCUUCGUGGAUAAGAACGGCCGCUGUAACGUCCAGCACGGUAACCUGGGCGGAGAAACCAGCCGCUACCUCUCCGACUUGUUCACAACUCUAGUGGACCUGAAAUGGCGCUGGAAUCUGUUCAUAUUCAUCCUGACGUACACGGUGGCGUGGCUCUUCAUGGCCUCUAUGUGGUGGCUGAUCGCGUACGCGCGCGGAGACCUGAACCGGGCGCACGACGACAAGUACACACCGUGCGUGGCCAACGUCUACAACUUCCCCUCAGCCUUCCUCUUCUUCAUAGAGACCGAGGCCACGAUCGGCUAUGGCUACAGGUACAUAACGGACAAGUGUCCCGAGGGCAUCAUUCUGUUCCUCUUCCAGUCCAUCCUCGGCUCCAUCGUCGACGCCUUUUUAAUAGGCUGCAUGUUCAUUAAGAUGUCCCAGCCUAAGAAAAGGGCCGAGACGCUGAUGUUCAGCGAGCACGCAGUCAUCUCCAUGCGGGACGGAAAACUCACGCUCAUGUUCAGGGUCGGAAACCUGCGCAACAGCCACAUGGUCUCAGCGCAGAUCCGCUGCAAACUGCUGAAAUCUCGGCAAACCCCUGAAGGUGAGUUCCUCCCACUAGAUCAGUUGGAGCUAGAUGUGGGUUUCAGCACUGGGGCAGAUCAGCUCUUCUUGGUGUCUCCCCUCACUAUCUGUCAUGUGAUUGACAGUAAAAGCCCCUUCUAUGAGCUCUCUCAGCGCUCCAUGCAGACAGAGCAGUUUGAAAUUGUGGUAAUUCUGGAAGGAAUUGUGGAAACCACAGGCAUGACUUGUCAAGCGAGAACAUCAUACACGGAGGAUGAGGUGUUGUGGGGCCAUCGGUUCUUCCCUGUCAUCUCUCUGGAGGAGGGAUUCUUCAAGGUGGACUACUCCCAGUUCCACGCCACGUUUGAGGUCCCCACGCCACCCUACAGUGUUAAAGAGCAGGACGAGGCCCUGCUCAUGUCCUCGCCGCUUACAGCUCCUUCGUUGUGUAACAGUGGUGAAAAGAACAACUCUUUGGACUGUCUGGAGCUUUUGGAGGACGUGGAGACAACCACCAAGCUCCCAGCUAAGCUGCAGAAGAUGACUGGACGAGACGGGCUGCCAAGGAAGCUGCUUCGAAUGAGCUCAACUACGUCAGAGAUGGCCUACAGUCUGGGAGACCUGUCCACAAAGCUGCAGCGCAUCAGCUCUGUGCCAGGUGUCUCUGAAGAAAAGAAUGUAUCCAAGAGCUCCAAAAUAAAUGCUGAGCCCAUCAGCCAAUCAGUGGCAGAUUUGCCUCCCAAGCUACAGCGAAUGGCAGGGGGUGGAGGGCGCAUGGACGGACAUUUACCACCAAAAUUACGAAAGAUGAACUCAGACCGAUUCACGUAGAUGAUGCAAGGAACCACACAUAGUACAUAGUGUAUGUACUGUACUGCUCCCUUAGGCUUGCUAGCAUGGACAGAAUCUUAUGCCUAGCAUACCUAUGAAUGUGGAGAACUUUGAUAAAGCAAAUUUGUGGAGAUUUGUGGAUAGAGAUGCAGCAAGCACAUUUUUUCAGGUUAUCAUUUUAAGCACAUUCUGGCAUGUAUGAAACAUUUAAGUGCAUGGUAAUGCAGUUUUUUGCUGUCAGGCAUGAAUUAUUUAGGCACGCUUAUUUAAAGAAUGAAAAAAAAUUGCUGGGACAAGCUGGUCAUAUGAACAUCAAGCCAUAUGAUUGGACAAGAAUUUUUUUAUUUUUUUUUUUGUCUAAUGUAAAAGUGUUUCUUAGAUUCUGUUAAAACGCAUGUUUACUUGGAGAGGUAAUCUACGCUAAUGUUAGCCUGGAAUAUAUUACCUUCUUUCACUUUUCUCAGCUUGUUAAUAGUUGUUUUUAAGAUUUUAAGAGACAGGGUAAGCUCUACUCUUCUACAAAAUCGGUUCAAUUCAUCAAAACAGUUUUAUAAGAGGAAAGUUGCACAAGCUAAGUGGAUCUUAAUGGUUUUUAGAACUAUCAGCUCUGUGUUGAAGAAAAAAAAAUACAGAAAUUUGCAAGAUCAUUAUAUAUCCCGGAUCUCGUUUAGUGUCUAGAUGAAAAUGACUGCACUAGUGUCAAUGCAUUAUCCCCUUUGCCUAAAUUAAGCAAUAACUAAAUGCUGUAAAACACUGACCUCUGUGUAACUACUUUGACUAGUUUGUCUGUUGUACUGACAUCUGAGACACACAAACAUGUAUUUUGAACUCCUGUAAAUUCCAGGACAUGCCUUUUGUGGUUGACUGUUUAACAAGAACUAUUAUUAGUUUUUUCAGCUUUACUAGUGCUUUAAAUUAAUUUUGAUAGUUUACAUAUAUUGUAGUCUAAAUAUAUUAAGACUGUUGUAUAAUUAUAAACUAAAUACCAUUAAAAAUGAAAAAAAAAAAUGGUUCAAUGUUUAACCUUUGAAAUAAGCUUAAACUCAUUUAUUACCUAACCACACACUUAAUUCUCUCCCUCACUGCUUGAUUGAAUGUCAAGGUAGAUUCAUGCAUGCAAGUGCCUGAUCCGCUGAAGUGGUGUCUAAAUCUUGUUAAUGCACCCUGACUGAGCAGCACUCUUUCCCCUGAGCCUCUGUCUUUAUCACCAUGGAGAUCUUGGCACCUACUGCCAUUUACUGUCCCACUAUUAGCCUCCCGGUGAGGAAAUGAUAGCGGAGAUGGCCUUGUGUUAUAGAAUAGAAGCUUUUGCUCUGCAUCUAACAGAACACAGUGGCAAUAUCAUUAUGCACAACCUGUAAAAGGAAAGCUGCAAUAGAUGGUGAAAAUCCCACUGCACAACACACUGGACUGCACCCUUUAUUAGUAAAAAGCACCAAGGUCUGGCUUUGUAACGUUUAUAUGAUUUUCGUGUCAUUCUCUUUGUGUUUAGUAAGCCAAAACAAUAGAUAAUAAAAGGUAAUGCACAAUGGUUCUUUUUUUUUCCACCUGUUUAACCAAACAGCUUAAUUAAACAUGUAACCAAGACAAUGGAACUAAUGCCAUGCCAACAUCUUGGGUGUUUAAUUUGAUUUUAAAAUGAUCUGAUUAUUAAGACUAGAAGUACGGAACAUGCCUGUUAUUUAUUGAGGAAGUCAAUGUUAUGGUUUUCUACAGUAGAUUACCUCAGUUAUUAUCAUAUACAUAAAAGUCUCCCUUUAUUUAUGUCAAUUCUUAAAUAUACUGUAAGACCCAAUAAAUCUUUUUAUAUAUUUUGUUAGUAAAAUAAGGUUUCAUGUGAUCUUUCAUAUAUGAUGAUAUGGAUAAGCAUAAAACCUU